UUUUGACAGUUCGCCUCCGAUUCCGAAGAACGCCCGGAAAACCGGAUGCAAUUUCGAUCGGCCCUCGACCACCCUCUAGGGUGGUAUGUUUUGUUGGUACAAUUCGCAGUUAAAUCACCCGGCACGGCAGAUAAAACGAGAAAGAGGACAAUCAUCUUGCCCUUAUCAUUAACCCUUAUGUAAACAUUGCAUUGUGUCAAAGCUGGUCCGGCGCCGGUUCCAUCAGAUUGUUCCGGGCCUAGGAUGGACACUUACCGAAGGAUUCUGGUGUACGCGACGGUUCUCGCUGUCGCUGUCAGUGCCGGUGCAGAUCUGGCCCGGUACGAUCAUUUCCGGCUGUACCGGGUUCUUAUCCGAACGCAGGCACAGGUGGAGAUGCUGCAGCAGCUAGAGGAGCGAAGCGAUAGCUACUCCUUCAUGGGUCACGCCAGACAGCCGAACCAAAAUCUAACCAUCAUGGUUGCACCGCACAAGAUUGCCGAAAUCACGGAGCUGCUCGAUCGGUACGAUUUGGAAGGCACGAUCCUGCUGUACAACAUGCAGGAUCUUAUCGACCGGGAACAGUCUACGAUCAAACCGAAAACUACCCCUCCGGAAGAUUUUAGCUGGCAGUACUAUCACCAUCUGGACACAAUCAAUGCAUGGCUACGGUUGCAAGUAUCACGCCAUCCUCAGCUGACGCUGAUCGAGCUCGGCUCAACCUACGAAAAUCAAUCACUGUACGGUGUGAAGUUGGAGAAAAAUCCCGCCAACAGUGCGGUCUUUGUCGAGUGUGGUAUACACGCGCGUGAAUGGAUCUCACCGGCCAGCUGUACGUUUGUGCUGAACGAGCUGCUUACCUCCGACCGGGCAGAUGUGCGCCAGCUGGCCGAUAACUUCAACUGGUACAUCUUUCCGGUGGUCAAUCCGGAUGGGUACCGGUACACGUUCGAGGGUGAUCGGUUGUGGCGCAAAAACACCAAACCGUACGGUAUCUGUCGGGGUGUGGAUCUGAACCGUAACUUUGCGAGCGACUGGAAUGGGCCGGGUGCAAGUUCCGAUCCGUGUCGGUACGAUUUUGCCGGUGGCAGUGAGGCGAGCGAACGGGAAACGCAAAUGUUGACCCGAUAUUUGGUGGAGAACGUGCCGAAGCUCAAGAGCUACUUUUCGAUUCACUCCUUCUCGCAGCUGGUGAUGUUCCCGUACGGGUAUAAGACGGACCGGGUGCCUAAUUACGACGAUCUGGUAGCGAUUGGACGGAAGGGUGUGGAAGCGAUCGAGCGAACCCACGGCAUGAAGUACGUUUCCGGUGCGAUGAUUGAAACGAUCUACCCAUCGUCCGGGGACAGCGUCGACUGGGUGUACAGUGUGCUCGGUGUACCGGUGGCGUACACGUUCGAGCUACGGGGACCACCGGACAGCACCAACAUGUUUGUGCUGCCCGCGAAGGAAAUCAUUCCGACCGCCGAGGAGCUGUUGGCUGCUCUCGUUGCAAUGCUGGGCGAAGCCACGCGGCUAGGAUAUUACGAAGGUGAUGCGUAUAAGCAAGAACUUUGAGCGUGAGAUCUUCCAAACGAACUGCGGUUGGAAUUUAAAUGUAUGUUUUUGCGUAAUGAGAACUGUUUAAACUGAGUUAUCUCAUUCACAACGAUUUAUGGUCAUUUUAAAUAUUUAGCAAUGAUAAAACAUUCUCAUUAUCUCGUGAUAACAGGUUGGCAAAUAAAAAUGGGAAAUCUGCACGAUCAUCAACGACCGUUACUGCUCGAACUGGUCGUACUGGUCGAAUUUCUGUUAGUACAAAUCUGA